UCUGUCAGAAGUUGUUUUGAUUGCGAAGAGUGGUUGUUUAGGAGCUUAAAACAAUUUGCAUUAAAGGACAUUGAAUUAAUGAAAGAAACAGAACCAACAAAGCCACGUAGUAGCUGCCCAAAUCGUUACAAUGGCCUCUGACGAAAACUCAGAAUGGAAUUUCGAAAUGUGCAAUAUUGAUGUUGAUCAGACCGAUGCUCGUCAAAAGUGUGACAAAUGCAAUCGUCCAAUUGUCGUCUGCUGGUGCAUUGGUCUGGCCAAACCUCCCUUAGAACCAAAGUGCAAUGUAGUCCUUCUCCAACAUCCAGCCGAAGAAAAACGCUGUCUGCGUACCGCUCCAAUGCUGAAAUUGGGUCUGGCGCCAGGCAAAUGCCACAUCUACAAAGGUCGACGUUUUCCCUCGCAAGGACACGAUCCGUGUGUGGAGCAAAUCUUAAGUUCGUCCAAUUCGUUGCUUUUAUAUCCCAGUCCGAAUGCCGUACCACUGCAAGAUAUCGACGUCGCAGCUGGACCAUACACAUUGGUGCUCAUCGAUGGAACGUGGCCGCAAGCGAAAACCAUUUACACAUCCUCGAAAAUGUUGCAAAGAAUGAAGCAGGUGAAGUUGACGUUGACUGGUAACAGUUGCUAUAUUGUCAGAACUCAGCCAGCCGAUGGAUGUCUGAGCACGUUGGAAACAGCGGCUAGUGCGUUGAGCGUAUUGGAAAGGGACCCCAAGUACACGAAACUAUUGGUUGAACCGUUGAACGUCCUGUGUAAAUAUCAAAUUGAUAAUGGUGCCGUACCUCAUGAUUCGAAAGAGAAUUUGUUGCGAAAUAAAAGCUAUCCAAAGCUAGUCGGAAAACGUUUGAAUAGGUUAUUGAGGAGAAUUGAAGAGAAUCCAUUGAGUUGAUAAGUGAAAUACAUGUAUGAAGCCAUAACAAAUAAUCAA